AUCACGGGUCCAUCUUCCACGACGAGCGACAGCACCAUCCGCCGGCUGUCGGUGCCCUACCCCCAUCAUGGCCAACGUGGCAAGCUGGCUCCGCCACUCGAGAUGUCAAAGGCAAUUCCUAGGCGUUCAAUGGCGCCAGGCGGUCUGGCAACAACAGCCGACUUCACCGCCAUGCAUCAGAGCCAUAUCGACACAGUUACCGAUUCAAGAUGCAAGUGCCGAGACGGACUUGAUUGAGCCUGUUCAGAUCCCAUUCCAGGGCAUUACACACGCCCGCACCGUGCCAGCGACGCCUUCGUACUUCUCCAGGGAACCCCAGUUCAACGACCUUUAUAUCCGCCUCUCGAACCUCUUAACCAAAUACCACCACCUCCCGACCGUAUCACCGAAUCAGGCCCCGCCAGUUCCCUGGACGAAGCUGCUGGAAAUACGAUCGCAAAUGGGUGAGCCCGUCAAGGCAUCCCACUACGCAAAGGUCAUGCGACUGGCCAAGCGCCUCAACAUCAUUGAGCCAACGCUCCGGCCAGUCGAGGUGAAAUUGGCGCUUCAAGACAUCUCUAGAGACAUCGAUCCUUUCGCGAACGUGCCGCACCCAAUCUCAAUCGACAAGUUUGGCCGUGCUAUCGGGGUGGGGAAGAGGAAAGAGUCCACCGCUCGGGCCUUCGUUGUUGAAGGCACCGGAGAGGUAUUGGUGAAUGGAAAGACGCUCAGCGAGGCGUUUGGACGUGUCCAUGACCGCGAAAGCGCUGUGUGGGCACUAACUGCGACUGAAAGACUCGACAAGUACAACGUGUGGGUGCUCGUGGAAGGGGGCGGAACAACCGGCCAAGCAGAAGCUAUCACUCUGGCCGUUGCCAAAGCACUCCUUGUUCAUGAACCAGCCCUCAAACCGGCUCUAAGAAAAGCCGGCUGCAUCACGAGAGAUCCGAGGACCGUUGAGAGAAAGAAGCACGGUCGUGUUAAGGCCCGGAAGAUGCCUGCUUGGGUUAAGCGUUGAUCGGAGGAAGACAUGGCUCAAUUCUUGGUGUUGGCUUGGCCAAGCGAAGAACUUGCUCAAGCCUGGGUCAGUAGGCUUAUGAACCAGGGCAAUCGUGGCGGCCGUCUGUACCAUAUCACCGUUGUAGGAGUAGCUAUACAUGAGCGUGAUGUUUGCACUUGGAGCCGCGUUGCAGGGGCUCAUGAUGCCCUUGGCUGCAGUGCUGCUGAUGCUCCACAAUCAUCUCGACGCGACGGGUUUGGGGCGAGGACGCG